AUGCCUUCUCAAGGUCCAACGUUACCAAGCCGUCUCGAAAACAGUUUAAUAUAUCUCGAUGACUAUUUAGACACACUAGAAUCUCUUCCUUCAGAGUUACAACGUAAUUUUACAUUAAUGCGUCAAUUGGAUGCUUCUUCAACUGAAUCAAUGGACAACGUUUCAAAAAGAGCUUUCCAUUUAUUGGAACAUUUAAAUGAUUUAAGCAAAGAAGAAAGAGCAGAAGAACUUAAAAAACUUGGAAAAACUUUAAAUGAUAAUAAUAAACACGGAGCAGAAAAAGUUUCACUUGCAAAUUCAACUUACAAUACAGUUGAUCGCCAUAUUAGACGUCUUGACGACGAUCUUCACAAGUUUGAAGAUGAACAAAUGACAGGCCCAGAAUCAUCGUCACCAUCAACGACAAGAAAACAUAAAGAAAAGGGUGAAAAAACUGAAAAAGCUGAAAAAAGUCAUAGGAAUGAUAAAAAAUCUCAAAAUGGAAGUGAACAAUCAACUGGUAAAACAGCAGUUUCACGAAAUACAGGAGAAAAAGAACGCGAAAAACCUAAUAAAUCAUCAAGAAAGAAAGAUUCUAGUAAAUCUAGUAAAUCUAAAGCGUCUGAGAAAACUGAUGAUUCACAAGCCGCAGCAGAUAUGCCGAUAGACCCAAAUGAACCUAUUUAUUGUUAUUGUCAACAAGUUAGUUGGGGUGAGAUGGUCGCUUGCGAUAAUAAUGAAUGCGAAAUAGAAUGGUUUCAUUAUCCUUGCGUGUCUCUUAAAGCUCCACCAAAAGGUAAAUGGUACUGUCCAGAUUGUACAGAAAAACUCAAGAUUCGUCAUAAAAGAUGA